AUGUUGAAGCCAACAUUAAUGAUGAAAAUAUUUCCAUGGAAUCGAAUUGAUCGAAGAUUUCUUGUGAAUCGGAAGAGACGACCUUGGAGACGAACGAAUCUGUUCCUUUGGAAGCUCACAUGGACGAGAACGUUAAGAUUGAUGAAAUGUGUGCUUCUGAUUGACCUGAGACCUGCAUUGUCAAACUCAAUGGCUCUUAAUCUUGGGAAUUGUUUGUAUAAAUUAAUUGGGAACCGAGGCCACUCGAUGUUCCUUGAAAAGAUUCCUUCAACAUCUGUAAUAUUUGUAUUUGCUGGAAGAUCACACAAAUUAACAAUGUUAAGUUCCUCAGAUCCAAUCCAUGAGUCAAAGACACUUUCAACAAAGCAUGUGAGGAUGUUGGAACCACCAAAGACGGCUCUCAUAAAGUUACAGCGGACAUCGAUUGCAUUAGUUGAGGCUGUACAAGCGACAAUUAAGAGUAAAAUUGAUAACUUCUUCCUGGAAUUAAAGUUUUGUGUCGUUGCAUUCACAGCAUCGACAAACGCCAUCGAUGUCCGGUGUAACUUCAUGAGAGCCAUGUUUGGUGGUUCCAACAUCCUCACAUGCUUUGUUGAAGCUGUCAGAGAAUCAAUUGGAUGUGCAAAUCCAGAUGAAAUUACAAUUGUUAAUCCUGGUGAUUUGCCAUCAGGCAACGUCAUCUCCGAUGUUGAAGGUAUCUUUUCAAGGAACAUCGAGUGGCCGAGGUUCCCAAUCAAUUUAUACAAACAAUUCCCAAGAUUAAGAGCCAUUGAAUUUGACAAUGCAGGACUCAGGUCAAUCAGAAGCACACAUUUCAUCAAUCUUAACGUUCUCGUCCAUGUGAGCUUCCAAAGGAACAGAUUCGUUCGUCUUCAAGGUCGUCUCUUCCGAUUCACAAGAAAUCUUCGAUCAAUUCGAUUCCAUGGAAAUAUUUUCAUCAUUAAUGUUGGCUUCAACAUUUUCGGUAACUUGCCAUACCUUCGUGAUGUUAACUUUGAUGGAAUUGGAUGUGGACGUGACAAGAUUCUCAGUGGAACUGGCGAUUUCUCAAGAAUUGCAUCACGAUUGAUGCGUGCAUGUCCUCCAGAUGAGGAUGACUUGACUGAUGAUUUGGAUGGAAUGCAGUGUGACUUUGACACGUCUAAGGAGAGCAAGUCAAGCUCAUCUAGGGGUUAA